UAUAAUGUCGCCAGUGCUGUACUGUUGUCACGUGACGCCAUGUUUAAAACCUGCCCAUUUUUUCACGUAGAGCGGGUUGUCCCGCGCACAUUGCUCACGAGGCAGCAUACGAUGUGAAAAAAAUUACCUCGUCAAUAGGUCACAAAGAAUUGAAGAAAGGUAUGGCGAGCACAUUGAGAGAAGAAGUCGCAACUAUGCUGCGUUCUGUGCUGAGCAGUGAAAAGAAUGGAGUGCCUGUUGUAUCACUGGAAAAGGAAUAUAGGCUUCUUAUAGGACACCGAAUUCCCUAUCGCAACCUAGGAUUUAAUUCUCUCCAGUCAUUUCUUGAGAGCCUCCCUGAUGUAGUCAGGCUCUGCAGGGGCCCCACAGGGGAUAUGAUAGCCAAAGCUGUAGUCACAGAGUCAACCCUACAUGUAGCACAAAUGGUUGCUGGGCAAAAGUCCACAAAGUCAAAACCCAUAAUGAGGUCAACCUACAGGCAUCCGACAUCCAAGCGACGUCCAGGUUACCGUCCCAUAAACUUUGGCCAUAGAGCUUACAAGUACGAAGAACCUUUGGAAUCUUACUCUUCACGCAGCUCUGGUUCCAGAGGAGUGCACCAGCCUCGUCGGUCAUCCUUCGCUCGCCAAGAUUCUCCUGUAGUCAACAAGCCAGCUGAGAGCAGCGCCACCGUCCGCCGUUCCUCGUUUGAAGUCCCACCACGUUUCCGCAAGUCUUUGCACGACGACAGGUCUUCGCCCGAUUGGACAACCAAGGGGAGCACAGCCGGUCGCGACGCUGGCCGGAGGCCCUCCCCAAAGGUUGCUAGCGAAGAUGCCGAGUGGGGGACAGAUCAAGAUGACACCUGGGGCGCCCUUAAAGAAGACGGGGAUGCGAAUGGUUGGGGAUCGUCAAACAGUGAAGGUGGUGAAAAUAGAACUGCGACAAAUGAUGUAUCUCAUUGGGCUGGGUGGGACUCUGAGAAGCCCCCGUGUGACAUUAGACCGACGGUCACCUCGAGCGGUGGUCGCGACGGAGGUGUAGAGAAGGUUAUUUCUAUAGAGCCCAGCCAGCCGAGGUUUGAUCCUUUCAGGGAAGGUAUUAGGCUUCCAAAGAAGCUCCAAAAAACAAGCUCUGAAUCCCAACAUGUCUCUCCACGUGUGCUUUCGGAGCCUCCCAUAGAGACAGACGUGACGUCACCCUGUGAUAUUGCUUCAACACCAGUACAGACUAAAGACUCAGCACCCUGUGAUAUCGUUUCAACACCAGCACAGACUCAAGGCACGGCACCGGCUGUAGUCUCAGACUGCCCCUUCAUGCAACUGGUUGCCAAUCAUGCCUAUAGACAUGGUCUGACGGCUGUGUACACAACCUGCAGUAGCCGUAGCUGUAAACGAGGGCCUCUUGUGUGGCUGGCAACGCUGAAAUUGGAUGGCCGUACCUACAACUCAUAUCCCAAUGAGAGGGAGACCGAGGUUGCAGCGAAAGAAGAGGCUGCUAAGAAGGCUGUGGUCACGCUCAGGCUAAGCAAAGGUACGGACACUGCCUUUCCUGUGACAGCAGCUGGCACGGCUCAGGAAAUCCUUGCUCUGGAGAAAAGAAUAGCAGAGCUGGUAGCAGCCAAACCCUGUGGCCUGCUCAACACUUCAGUGCCUGACCUGUACAAAGAACGUUUCUGCGAGAGCCUGCCAGAAAAUUGGCUGGACCAUAUGGUUGUCUCUAGUCACGUCAGCCUUUCUGGGGUUGACGGAAACAGGUGCAUCCUGUACGCUCGGGGAACAUUACCGCCACGGGUGAAUAUGAAUGGACAAACUCCUGCUGAAGCAGAAGGUUCCCAAGUGGACGACUACAUAGACGUGUUCAUCACGUGUGUCACGGGUACCGAUAACGUUUGCUUUCGCUUCAUCGAAUAUGCGGAUGAAUAUGAUGAGCUCAUGGAAAAGAUGAACUGCUUGUACAGCAGUGGGAACAGACGUCCCGCACAAAACGUUGCGGAGGAAGAGUUGUAUGCCAUUUGUGCAGGUGGAGAGUGGCUCAGGGUUCAGACAGUAUGUCCGGUGAAAAAUGGCCAGGUGCAAGUGACUUUUGUUGACCGUGGGGACACUGUGACUGUAAAGGCUGCAGAUCUGUACAACCUCGAACCAGAGUUUGCAGUGUUCCCAUUGCAGGCUAUCAGGUGCCAGUUGGGUGGGCUUGUGGAGUACUCCUUGUGUGACAAUGCCAGUGACAUCCUGGUUGAAAUGUUGCUCGGCAAAACACUCGUCGCUGAGAUUGUCCAGAAGGAGGAGCCUGUCAUAGUGGUACUGUAUGACACCUGGUCGGACGAGGACCUGAAUCUCAACUUGGAAAUGGCCAUCCGGCUGGCAGAACCCCGACUGCCCGGAUGCAUUGGCCGGGCACAGCUCACUCAUGUGGAUACUUCUGGUGACAUUUACCUUCAAGUCUUGGGUCCAGGAUUGGAGUCUCUGGUUCAUGCCAUGGAUAUUAUAAACCUGUGUUACGAGAACAACAACGACCUGGUGACAACUUUGGUGGCAGGCAAGCUCUACGCGUGUAGAUUUGGCAACGACCGGACUUUCUACAGGGCAACACUUCUGUCCUCUGAGCCAGAGCUGUCUGGGAAGUUCCCAGUCCAGUACGUGGACUUUGGCAACAAAGACUCGACUUUUGUGGCGGACCUGCGUGAGCUGGAUGUCUUUGGAAGCUUUGUCGUGAGACUGCCACACCAAGCGGUACGUUGUCGACUGGACGGACUCCCAGAGGACCAACCGUGGACGGAGCUUUGCACUAACAAGCUGUGGGAGGCAGUUGUUGGGAGUACGGAGCUGCUGGUCAAAGUGAUGCGGCCAGCAAGUGGAAAGGAACCAGCAUCUGUGGCUCUCUUUCGCCGAAUGGAGUCCAACAAGGAGCUAGUUUCAAUAAAUGUGGCCCUGCACACCAGUUCCAGGGAAGACAGCUGAGUGCACCUUCCAACAUCUAGAGGACAUUUUAUGCGUUUGUGGCACAGUGCGCCAUUCCUCUUGUUUCUAUGGCAUGUGGCCACUCGAUAGACGUUGUUAAUAGUAAAUAUUUGGGGAUUUUAGUGCAGAACGAUGGCACCAGAGCAGUUUGAAAUUUGAAUGUUUGGAUGACAUACGCAAGCUAAUAAAAAUGUAAUAGUUGUA